AUGGUCGACGCCUUGCUGCCAGCCGACUGCUCGGACGAGCACCGCCGCCUCGCCGUCCGGCUCUCCUUCGAGCUCGGACAAGCUCACCUCUUCGAGGCGUGGCCGCCAGCGGGCCAGCGGGACGCGGACAAGACGCAGCUGCUUGCACAGCUCGCGACGCUGGAGGCCAACUACCCCGGCGGUUUGGCGGCUUACAUCGGCUCCGCCAGAGCGCUCCUCGGCCAAGCCGUGCGUGGCGAGAACGCGCUGGAAGGCUGGACUCCGUCGGUCCCCGACGACGGCGUCGACCUGCAGCCGGGCUCGCCAGAGUUUGCGGCGUUUGAGGAGCGAGGCCUUGCCGAGGCGGCGCAUUUGGCCUUCGCCGUGCCGGCGGGCGGGCUGGGCGAGCGGCUCGGCUUCAGCGGCGUCAAGUUUGCCCUUCCGUCCGAGGUGAGCACCGGCAGCUGCGUGCUGCGCGUCUACGCGUCGUAUAUCCUCGCCCUGCAGAGGCACGUCGAGCGCGCGGGCGGAGGGCCGUGCCGGCUGCCGCUGGCCGUGAUGGUGUCGGACGACACGGUGGCGGGCAUCCAGCGGCUGCUCGACGAGAACGGCUACUUUGGGCUCGAGCCCUCGCAGGUGACGCUGCUCAAGCAGGAGAAGGUCGCCGCGCUGGCCGACAGCGAGGCGCGGCUCGCGCUCAAGGGAGAGUACGAGGUCGCCACCAAGCCGCACGGCCACGGCGACAUCCACUUCCUCCUCCACUCCACCGGCACGGCGCAGCGCUGGGCGGCCGAGGGCAGGAGGUGGCUCUACUUUUUCCAGGACACAAACACGCUCUACUUUGCCCACCACCUCGCGACGCUCGGCGUCACCGCCGCGCGCGGCGCUGCGGUCAACAUGGUGUCGGUGCCGCGCAAGGCGAAGGAGGCGAUCGGCGCCGUGUGCAAGCUAACGCACGCCGACGGGCGGAGCGUGGUCUGCAACGUCGAGUACAACCAGCUCGAGCCUCUGCUCCUCGCGAGCGGACACGCGGCCGGCGACGUCAACGACGCGAGCAGCGGCUUCUCGCCGUACCCGGGCAGCAUCAACGGGCUGAUGUUCGACCUCGUCCAGUACGCGGCCACGCUCGCCGCCACGGGCGGCCGGAUCGACGAGUUCAUCAACCCCAAGUUCAGCGACGUGAGCCGCUCCGCCUUCAAGUCGCCGACGCGGCUCGAGUGCAUGAUGCAGGACUACGUCAAGACGGUCCCACCGGAGCAGACGGUGGCGUGGACGCGCUACCCGCUCGAGUUUGGGUACCACCCGUGCAAGAACGACAUCCUCUCCGCCGCGAGGCUCUCGGCGCAGGGCAUCCCGCCCGGCUGCGCCUCCACCUCGGAGAUGGCGGUCUACCACAUGCACGCCACGCAGCUGCGGCUGCUCGGCGCCGAGGUCGGCCCGCCGCAGCCGGCCUCCUACCGCGGCGUCGCGGUGGAGCGCGGCCCCGCCGUCGUCCUCGACGCGAGCUUCGCGCCGUGCUUCAGCCUGCUCGAGCCCAAGCUGCCGUCGCCGCAGCGGGUGCGGGUCAGCGCGCGGUCCGCGCUCGUCGUCUCGGGGCGCGACGUCGUCAUCGAAGCGCUCGAGCUCGACGGCGCGCUGGAGGUGACCGUCGAGGAGGGGGGCUCGCUGCGCGUGCUCGACCUGCGCGUGGCCAACCGGGGGUGGGAGUUUGUCGAGCACACCGACGAGGAGCAGGCCGUCGCCGAGGAGACGGCCGCCAUCCGAGGCUACCGGCUCGUCAAGCACGAGACGCGGCGCAUCCACGUGCGGGCGGGAGAGCACCUGCGGCUGUGA